AUCAUAUUGACUCGCCUGCUUGCGUCGACAGUCCACCCUCCUACCGCAUCUCGCUUAUCACCCAUGGUAGGUUUUCUUUUACUUUGAAACUCUUAUUGGUCAAUGUAUUAAUAACAACCCGCCCACUACAUAUACUUAAAUCUGUAUCCUUCUCCCUCUCCCAUGCAUUACACUGCGCUGUUCCGACCCUCCGCUUGAUUUUCCUUUUCUCCUUUUCUUCUUUCAGCAACGGCCCUCAUCGGUGAUGACGCUAAGCUCGAUGCGAAAUUGUACAUUCCCCUGACCCUUACAGACGUGCUUUCGGGGGUCGAUUAUGACGUACAGCGCAUGAGUUCCUCCAUCUACGAUGCGAUUAAAAACCCCAUUGAUGCCCUCAUUGUCUCUAUCCCUGACUAUGAUGUCCUCAAGGCACCCAUUCAGGCAGCCAAGGAUAAGAACAUCCCCAUCAUUGCUGUCUACUCAGGGUUGCAGGCUGCCAAAGACCUGGGUAUCCUCGCUGUCAUGUCCGACGAUUACAUGUCCGGAAAGCUUAUUGGAGAAGAGCUGCUUAAGGAUGGUGUCAAGGACUUUGUCUGCAUCGAUGGCCCCAGCAGGAUACCCACGCUGCUCGAUCGUUGCAAUGGUGUCCUGCAGGCUUUUCUAGAUGCCGAUGCCAAAGUCUCUGCCAACCUGACGGACCAUGUCAUCUAUGUCGAAAAGUCGCGCAACAGUACCACGUCUACAAAUGCUCAGAGCGUCGCAGAAGUCGUCCUUAAACAGAAUGCAGUUACAGGAAUUGUCUUUCUUACCGCCCCAAUGUACUCAGGGUUGAGCCCCUCGCUGAUGCUCGCCCUCAACAACACGCGUUCAUACAAGGUUGCUGCUUUUGACUUUAACAAGGACAUGGCGCAAGCGUUCGAGCGGGGCGUCCUCCAUUACUCCAUCUCCAGCCUGCUGUAUCUCCAGACCCUGAUUCCUAUCUUGCUUCUCUAUGUCCAGCUCAAUCUGGGCGAAAAGAUUGCCCAGGAUCAGAUCUUGACAGGACCAAAGCUGUGUCAUCACUGGCAGUUCACCUAUCAAUGAGCACUGGGACGCAAUGGCGACAGGAGCACGGGAUGCAGCAACAUUCCUCAACUGGAACAUGACGGAGUACCGGUUCGACAGCCCAAUUCGCCAGGAAACUGUCGAACUCAGCAUCAACCAGACGCUCAACGAGCCACAGAUACAGGGCUUGGUUGUGAGCAACGCACAAAGUGCCUACAUCAACUAUGCGUUGAACAAGACGCAGCAGCAGGUCGAGUCGCGGACAGCAGCCAC